AGAAGCCCUCACUUCAUAACAGACGCCAGUGAGAUUGAUAAAAUGACAAUAACAACCAUCCCAGAAGCCCUGACUACAGAACAGAUGCCAGUCAGUCAGGAUAACGAAGACCCUCUCUGAAGCCUUCACUACAGAACAGAUGCCAGUCAGUAAGGAUGGCAUGACAAUCAAGACCCUCAAAGCAUCCCUCAAUACAGAACAGAUGCCAGUGAGUGAGGACAACAUGACAAUCAAAACCCUCACAGAAGCCCUAACAACGGAAGAGAUGCCAGUCAGUCAGCAUAACAUGACAAUGAAGACCCUCUCUGAAGCCCUUACUACAGAACAGAUGCCAGUCAGGAUAACAUGACAAUGAAAACCCUCCAAGAAGCACUCACUACAGAACAGACGGCAGUGAGUCACGAUUUCAUGACAAAAAAGACCCUCACAGCAUCCCUCACUACAGAACAGAUGCCAGUCAGUAAGGAUACCAUGACAAUCAAGACCCUCACAGCAUCCCUCACUACAGAACAGAUGCCAGUCAGUAAGGAUACCAUGACAAUCAAGACCCUCACAGAAGCCCUCACUACAGAACAGAUGCCAGUCAGUAAGGAUACCAUGACAGUCAAGACCCUGCCAGAAGCCCUCACUACAAAACAGAUGCCAGUCAGUAAGGAUACCAUGACAGUCAAGACCCUGCCAGAAGCCCCCACUACAAAACAGAUGCCAGUCAGUGAGGAUAACAUGACAGUCAAGACCAUCACAGCAGCAGCUCUCACAACAGAACAGAUGCCAGUCAGUGAGGAUAACAGGACAAUAAAGAAUGGUUCAAGCUUAUGCUUGGGAGAUGUUUUUCUGUGCUAUAAUGAUAGGGUAGAGAGAUGA